GAAUGCUGUGCAUCGAUAGCAUUUAUGCUCGCUGAUUUAUUAGGCGCCGGCUCUGCUACCCAAUGAAAUCAAUCCAAAUCCUUUUUUGUUGAGCAUUUUAAUUCCUCCUUUGCUUGCCAACAAAGGAGUCCAUCUUCUUGUAAACGUAAAAAAGAAAUACAAGAUUUUGGUUGGUUUCCACACCAUCACCGCGCUCAAGAAAUUGCAAAAAUCUUAGAGAGUGGAGCCAUUGACCGUGGCUGCAGGUAGGUAGCUAGCAAUCAUCCGAGCAAAGCAUUCCAAGGUUCCCGGAGAUGUCGUCGUCGCUGGAGGUGGAGGGCUCGCAGGGCGGCGCAGCAGAGCCGACGGCGACGAGCCGGCUGAAGCGGCACGACUCGCUGUUCGGCGACGCCGAGAAGGUGUCCGGCGGCAAGCACCACGGGGCCGACGUGAGCUGGGUGCGGACGCUGCACCUGGCGUUCCAGAGCGUGGGCGUCAUCUACGGCGACAUCGGCACGUCGCCGCUGUACGUCUACUCCAGCACCUUCCCCCAGGGCAUCAGGGACAACGACGACCUCCUCGGCGUCCUCUCCCUCAUCAUCUACACCCUCAUCAUCAUCCCCAUGCUCAAGUACGUCUUCAUCGUCCUCUACGCCAACGACAAUGGCGACGGUGGCACGUUUGCGCUCUACUCGCUGAUCUCGAGGUACGCCAAGAUCAGGAUGAUCCCGAACCAGCAGGCGGAGGACGCCAUGGUGUCCAACUACAGCAUCGAGGCGCCGAGCUCGCAGCUGAGGAGGGCGCAGUGGGUGAAGCACAAGCUCGAGAACAGCCGGGUGGCCAAGAUGGCGCUCUUCUGCCUCACCAUCCUCGGCACCUCCAUGGUCAUGGGCGACGGCACCCUGACGCCUGCGAUCUCUGUGCUCUCUGCGGUGAGUGGGAUCAAAGAGAAAGCUCCAAGCUUGAACCAAACGCAAGUUGUGCUGAUCUCGGUGGCCAUCCUGUUCAUGCUCUUCUCGGUGCAGCGCUUCGGCACCGACAAGGUCGGCUACACCUUCGCCCCGGUGAUCUCGGUGUGGUUCGUCCUCAUCGCCGGCAUCGGGCUGUACAACCUCGUCGUCCACGAGAUCACCAUCCUGCGCGCCCUCAACCCGUGGUACAUCGUGCAGUACUUCAGGAGGAACGGCAAGAAAGGAUGGGUGUCACUCGGUGGCGUCGUCCUCUGUGUCACAGGCACAGAGGGCAUGUUUGCUGACCUGGGGCAUUUCAACAUCAGGGCCGUGCAGAUCAGCUUCAACUGCAUCCUGUUCCCGUCGGUGGCGCUCUGCUACAUCGGGCAGGCGGCGUACCUGAGGAAAUUCCCGGAGAAUGUCAGUGACACAUUCUACAAAUCAAUCCCAGCGCCGAUGUUCUGGCCGACCUUCAUCGUCGCGAUCCUCGCCGCCAUCAUCGCCAGCCAGGCGAUGCUCUCCGGCGCAUUCGCCAUCCUCUCGAAGGCGCUGUCCCUCGGGUGCUUGCCCAGGGUGAGGGUGAUCCACACCUCCGAGAAGUACGAGGGGCAGGUCUACAUCCCCGAGGUGAACUUCAUGAUGGGGCUCGCCAGCAUCGUCGUCACCGCCGCCUUCAGGACCACCAACAGCAUCGGCAACGCGUACGGGAUCUGCGUGGUGACGACGUUCAUGGUGACGACGCACCUGAUGACGGUGGUGAUGCUGCUGAUAUGGAAGAAGCACAUCGUGUUCAUCCUGCUGUUCUACGUCGUGUUCGGGUUCACGGAGAUGGUGUACCUGUCGUCGAUCCUGUCCAAGUUCGUCGACGGCGGGUACCUGCCGUUCUGCUUCGCGAUGGUGCUGAUGACGAUGAUGGCGACGUGGCACUACGUGCACGUGAAGCGGUACUGGUACGAGCUGGACCACGUGGUGCCGACGGGGGAGAUGACGGCGCUGCUGGAGGAGAACGACGUGCGGCGGAUCCCCGGCGUGGGGCUGCUCUACACGGAGCUGGUGCAGGGCAUCCCGCCGCUGUUCCCGCGGCUGAUCCGCAAGAUCCCCUCCGUGCACUCCGUCUUCGUCUUCAUGUCCAUCAAGCACCUCCCCAUCCCGCACGUCAUGCUGCCGGAGCGGUUCCUCUUCCGGCAGGUCGGCCCCAGGGAGCACCGCAUGUUCCGCUGCGUCGCCAGGUACGGCUACAGCGACGCGCUGGAGCAGCCCAAGGAGUUCGCCGCCUUCCUCGUCGACGGCCUCAAGAUGUUCAUCCAGGAGGAGAGCGCGUUCGCCGCGCUCCCCGGGGCGUCGGAGGCGGAGGCCGCCGCCGCCGCCGCCCCCGCCCCCCCGGCGGCGGACUGCGACGCCGCCGCCGACGAGCACACGGCGAGGCCGAGGCGGUCGACGAGCUCCGCGGUGCACAGCGAGGAGGCGAUCCAGCCGUCGCGGGGGAGCAGCCACUCGGGCAGAAUCAGCCUCCAGCUCCAGGCGGCAAGCCCGCCGAUGGACGUGGAGGAGGAGAAGCGGCUGAUCGACAGGGAGGUGAGCCGCGGCGUGGUGUACCUGAUGGGCGAGGCCAACGUGUCGGCGGGGCACAAGUCGUCCCUCAUGAAGAAGAUCGCCGUCAACUACAUCUACACCUUCCUGAGGAAGAACCUGACGGAAGGGCACAGGGCGCUCGCCAUUCCCAAAGACCAGAUGCUCAAGGUCGGGAUCACAUAUGAAAUAUAGGGAUUAAUUAAUUAGACGCUUGAUCAAAUUAAGUAUAUAGCAUAAGAUUGAGCCUAACCACCAAGGGUUUCUUGGAGCAUGCAUGAAUGAUGAUGGUGAUGAUCUGAAAGAGAGUGUUAAAGUGCCUCUGUUGAUUGAAUAAAUUAGUCCAAGCUAAAAGUGUGGACAGGCUUAGCUUUUUUUUUUUUUGCUGGGAGGUUUCAUUUCUGUUGCCUCAUCUGUACAGUGUGGUUGUGUGUAAAAUGGAAUCAAAAGUUGUUCGAUGGGUGGUGCAUUGCGCCCAAGAGAGCUAUUUUACCA